CUAACUAUCACCUCCAGCUCUCCGACAACAGCAUGAAACUACCUCUACUGACUGAGAGCAAGCUUUAAAUGCCAUUUUAAGAUUAUACACAGCUUUAAAAAAGGUGUAAUUUGGCGCCUUUUUUUCCCCUCUUCCACCUCUCAUCUUGCUGCUGCUAGAGAGACAGAGAGAGAGAGAGAGAGAGAGAUAGCUUAGCCUGUUAGCUUCAACCCGCUGCAAAACAAGGAAGUCUGAAUGAACUUUGCAGCUAGCCUUCUCCUCUGCUAACCCUGCCGCUCUGAUUCACUGUGCAGCCUGAAGACAGUCAGACCUGCUGCGUGCUCUUAUUGUGUAUCAGGUGUUCCUAUUUUUUUUUUUUUUUUUUUUAUAUAUAUCUAACCAGACCUGGUGCUGGUGGUGCUGCUGCAGAGAUGAUUCCUGAUAAAGCCCCAAAGGAGGACGUCUUCCACGGCUCCGAGGAGCUGAAGAAGGAGGCUCACAUCCCCAGCUUUGAGAAGUAUAAAGAGCUCUACAUGAAAUCCAUAGACCAUCCAGAUGAGUUUUGGGGAGACGUGGCCAAAGACUUCUUGAAGACCAAACACACGGGUCCGUUCCUCGAGUACAACUUCGACGUGACUAAAGGUGAAAUCUACGUGAAGUUUAUGGAGGGAGCGACGACCAACAUCUGCAACAACCUGCUGGACCGCAACGUCCACGACAGGAAGCUCGGAGAUAAAGUGGCCUUUUACUGGGAAGGAAAUGAGCCCGGUGAUGAGAUGACGGUGACGUACAGAGAGCUGCUGCAGAGAGUCUGUCAGUUUGCCAACGUGCUGAAGUCACAAGGAGUGAAGAAGGGCGACCGCGUGUCCAUCUACAUGCCGAUGGUGGUGGAGCUGGUGGUCGCCAUGUUGGCCUGCGUCCGCAUCGGAGCCGUUCACUCCAUCGUGUUUGCAGGUUUCUCUGCUGAGUCUCUGUGUGAGCGGAUCCUGGACUCUCAGUGUUCGCUGCUCAUCACAGCAGACGGCUUCUAUCGAGGCGAUAAGCUGAUCAACCUGAAGCUGUUAGCUGACGAAGCACUGCAGAAAUGCAAAGACAAAGGUUUCCCAGUGAAGAAGUGUAUAAUGCUCAAACACUUGUCUAAAGAAGCAGAAGAGACUCCUGUGGGCUGUCAGUCUCCUCCUGCCAAACGUCCCUGUCCUGAUCUGCAGGAGAAACAGACAGGGAGAGUAAAGAAAACGCGUCCUGUUCCGCAGGUCCCGUGGAACCCCGACGUGGAUCUGUGUUGGCACGCUCUGAUCCGCGGAGCGUCAGACGAGUGUGAACCGGAGUGGUGCGAGUCCGAAGAUCCGCUCUUCAUCCUCUACACCAGCGGCUCCACCGGCAAACCGAAGGGAGUUCUUCACACCGUCAGCGGCUACAUGCUCUACACAGCCACCACCUUCAAGCUGGUGUUCGACCACCAGCCGGCUGACGUCUACUGGUGCACGGCGGACAUCGGCUGGAUCACCGGACACUCCUACAUCACCUACGGCCCGCUGGCGAACGGAGCCACCAGCGUCUUGUUUGAAGGCCUGCCCACUUACCCUAAUGUGAGCCGUAUGUGGGAGAUUGUCGACAAAUACAGCGUAACCAAGUUCUACACGGCACCCACCGCCAUCAGGAUGCUGAUGAAGUUUGGCAGCGACCCGGUAGUAAAGUAUAAACGAGAGUCUUUGAAGGUUUUGGGGACGGUCGGCGAGCCCAUCAAUCCCGAGGCCUGGCAGUGGUACUACAAUGUGGUUGGAGACAAGAGAUGCCCGAUUGUCGACACCUUCUGGCAGACAGAAACUGGCGGACAUGUGUUGACUCCUCUGCCUGCAGCCACACCCAUGAAACCAGGAUCUGCUACGUUCCCGUUCUUUGGAGUCGUGCCAGCCAUCUUGAAUGAGUCGGGAGAGGAGCUGGAGGGGCCGAGUGAAGGAUACCUGGUGUUCAAACAGCCGUGGCCCGGUGUGAUGAGGACGGUGUACGGAAACCAGCAGAGGUUUGAAACCACCUACUUCAAGAAGUUUCCUGGAUACUACGUCACAGGAGACGGUUGCCGUAGAGACAAGGACGGCUACUAUUGGAUAACAGGGAGGAUAGACGACAUGCUGAAUGUCUCAGGUCACUUGCUGAGCACAGCGGAGGUGGAGUCGGCUCUGGUGGAGCACGAGGCCGUCGCUGAAGCCGCCGUGGUGGGCAGACCCCAUCCCGUCAAAGGAGAGAGCCUCUACUGCUUCGUAACUCUCAAUGAUGGAGUCAUGUACAACCGCUCGCUGGAAGCAGAGCUCAAAAAACAAGUGAGGGAGAAGAUUGGUGCCAUCGCUACACCAGACUACAUCCAGAACGCACCAGGACUCCCCAAGACCAGAUCUGGUAAGAUCAUGCGACGGGUGCUCCGCAAAAUCGCCUGCGACGAAAGGGACCUCGGCGACAUCUCCACUCUGGCGGACUCGUCGGUUGUGGAGCAGCUCUUCCAGAACAGAUGCUGCCCUGCGGUGUGAAGGCCUCCAGGAUCCUCGCAAGGAGGCUCCGACUGCAGCCGCACACCAGCGGCCACAAAGCCAACCGGAGGAGGAGGAGGAGGAGAAGGAGGAGGAAAUUCCAAGAACUUGGUCUUGUCCAGCAAACAACAGAACCUUUAUUUAAAUGACCCCACUGUCCAUCGUAAGGUUUGCCAACAUUUGUCUGGUAACUGGUAGAAACUUCCUGCUAACAGUAGUUAACAAAGUUUAGGAAUUAAUAAAAAAGUUAAAAAGUAGUCGGUAUAGCUGCAGUUAAAAAACAAAAACAAAGCAGUUGUGUCAAUGAGAGCGAGAAGCUGGGGGUUGUUUCUGGGUGAGAGGCAGAACUGCGUAACACUGCAUUUGGGUUUAUUUCAGUGUUUAAGACAAUAAUACACAGCAAUAUCUGUUUUUCUACUGCUAAAUAAAGAUGUACUGUCAGUAUGUCUACAGUAGUGUUUUCUCUCUGCAGUGAGUUUCUGUCAGCACAAUAGGUUUUUUUUCUGUGGUCAAAGGAGUAAAUACACUGGAAUAAGUCCCAUGUGAAGUGCUACCGGUAGCUGCCCUGUAGUUAAUAUAACAAGUCGUCUCCUCCCCUCGCUCGAUGCCAUAGUACUGUUAUGUACACUGAUGAUUAGCUGAAUCUGAGAACGCUCAAUAUUUCUAUUAGUUAUAAUUUUUAUUGUAUUUUUUUAAAGCAAAUAUGUAGAUUUCUUUGUCUCUUUUUUUUCUGUUUUUAUUUGGACUGAUUUUUGACAUAGGAUUUGUUGGGUAUUUUUGUUUGUUGGUCUGCACGCUUGUUUGUUCUUAUUCUUAAGUUGCAGGGAAGAAAAAAAAAAAAAGCAAUCAGACUCUUCUGUCAGUCUGGUGGAAAUGGGGGAGUGUUUGGUGUCAUCAUCCGGCUCCUCUCAAAAGCCCCAAACCAGCUGCUGGUCUGAUGUUGAGAAAAAGGGAACAUUUUCAUGUGUUUUCCAAUAACCACCAAAAUAACAAACGCUGUUCCUAAACCGAAAACAAGAGUUAAAUUUGUUUCGGUUUUUUUACGAUGUUUAGUUCCACAUUUCAUUUUUAAUUUGGACUUUACAACAGCCUGUAAUCAAUAAAGGUACCAGCAUCAAUUUCAAAUGGCUGUAAUUAUCAUUGCAAUUAUGGGAGGGAAGUGUGGAUCGUGAUUUUGGUACUACUCUAAAAAUAAUAAAUGUUAAAAUCCUUUAAAUUAAAGCUAAAGCUCAGAUGUGAAUAAGACAUAACCGGUGUCAUUAUUCAUGAGUUUCUUUUUAUUCACUUCAGGGAAACAAGUGUUUAAGCUCUUCUUUAUCAAAGAAAAGCUAACCAUGAUGGUCCGAUAUGCUGUUUGUGGUUAAAUAAACAACCUUUCAAGCAAAUCUACAGCGCAUGAACUAAACAUCUGAACUAGGAGCUGAUUUGGGGCUUGGAACGGUUUCUUGUCUUGAAUGUAAGAAAUAUUAGAUUCUGACUCCAGUUGAGUCAGAAGAAGCAGAAGCAGGACCUCCGUAUAGAUUUAUAUGAUUGAUCAUAUUUUCAUUAUUUUAUCUUUUUUUUUUUUUUGCUGUUUGUCUCAAUGUGCCAACCUAAAUAACAGUGGAACUGGGUGUAAAAAGCUAAUAAUCGUAAUGUUGUUUUUUUUUAAAGAAAGAAAAAAAGUGCAGCUGCUUAUAUGAUUUAAAAGCGUUUUUUUUUUGUCUAUAUAAUAAUUUGAAUGAAGGAAAGAGAAUUUUGCUGUUUGUUUUUUCUGGUCAUCCUCACUUUUGUGUUGUUUUCAUUUCCCUGUUUGUAUCAAGUGUAUGCAAUGACAGUAAAUGGACAUGACUACUGCCUCUCAUCCUCACUGGCUGU